AGUUUUUUGGUAGUUAUUAUUUUUAGUUUUAAUAUAGUCUUAAAGCGUCUCUUUUAUUUGUGUCGUAAUAAUUGCUUUCAAUUAUAAUUUUUAAAAACUAUAUAUAUUUUUAAGCAUUUAGUCGAUAUAUUGUAUUAUAUAUAAAUGUAUGGUUUUGUCGAAACUAUCCAUUAUUUUCGCCCCUUUUCUCUCGUUUUUUUGUAUUCAUAUAUACUCUGAAUGUGAAUCUGAAUGACUGAACAAAACACACAAACGAUUUGAAUCUCGAAUUAAACCGAAAAAAUCUCGAAUAAACCGAAAUGAAUGUCUCGAACACUGAACUGAAUGAACACAUGAAUUGAAAACAUGAACACUUGAACGACAAUUGAAUGCCCGCUUUGGACGCCCAAUGAAUACACUGAUUGACUGGCUAUUGGUUGGUCGGGCGGACAGACACCGCGAGAACAGUCACACUCCAGAGCGACGAGCAUCGAGGAUGACGACGACGGACACCUCAUCUACAAGAAUGGAGAUGUCCUGCAAGAGAGAUACAAAAUCGUGUCCACUCUGGGAGAGGGAACGUUCGGUAAAGUGGUUCGUGUACUUGACUUCAGAAACCAACAAGUGAUGGCAUUAAAGAUCAUUAAAAAUGUGAAGAAGUACAGGGAUGCGGCCAAACUCGAGAUUAACGUUCUCGAGAAAAUGACACUAAAAGAUCCCACCGGCAGAAAGCUGUGCGUCAAGAUGUUGGACUGGUUUGACUAUCACGGCCACAUGUGUCUGGCCUUCGAGAUGCUCGGCCUAUCCGUGUUUGACUUCAUGAAAGACAAUAACUACCANGACUGGUUUGACUAUCACGGCCACAUGUGUCUGGCCUUCGAGAUGCUCGGCCUAUCCGUGUUUGACUUCAUGAAAGACAAUAACUACCAGCCCUACACACUGGAACAGGUGCGCCAUAUGGGCUACCAAUUGGUGUAUUCCGUUAAAUUUCUUCACGACAACCAAUUGACUCAUACGGACCUAAAGCCGGAGAAUAUAUUGUUUUUUGAUUCCGAUUACGAAGUCUUCUAUAACACCAAAAAAAAAAAGGACAUAAAACGGGUGAAGAGUACUCACAUAAAGCUCAUAGACUUCGGUUCGGCGACCUUUGAUGACGAACACCACUCGACAAUCGUGUCCACCCGUCACUACAGGGCACCGGAAGUCAUACUCGAGUUGGGGUGGAGUCAGCCGUGCGACGUCUGGAGCAUUGGCUGCAUAUUAUUUGAAUUGUAUUUAGGUAUAACACUGUUUCAAACGCAUGACAAUCGCGAGCACCUGGCUAUGAUGGAGAGGAUACUGGGGCCCAUUCCCUAUAGGAUGUGCCGCAAAACCAAAACGAAUUACUUCUAUCACGGAAGGCUCAGUUGGGACGAGAAGUCGUCGAACGGGCGGUACGUACGGGAGAACUGUAAGCCACUGCUCCGGUACAUGACGGUGGACGACGAGGAGCACCGGGCGCUGUUCGACCUGAUCGGCCAUAUGCUGGAGUACGAGCCCAGCCAUCGGCUCACUCUGAAGGACUCGUUGGAGCACCAGUUCUUCCGUAAGCUUCCGCUGGAA